UGCAGAAUACUAUGUCUAAGACGAACCUCAUCCGUUCUUCAUUGGUUCUUUGCAUUCUCCUUGCAUCAUGCUUCUUAGCGCCUGGCGGGGGACGGUGUCUAUUUGACUUUUUCUGUGUUGGGGGUUACAGGGGCAAAAGGCAGUAUUUCAUUUCUGAAUGAGUAAGCUUCCUGAUUAAGGAGUCAAAUUGCCUCUGACUAAAUAAAUGAAUAAAAUAAAUGUAAUUGCAAGCUAUGAACAAUAUUUUGGAGGUGUAAGUAAAUAACAGAAAUAUAAGUAGUCGUAUGAUAUGUAAGUAUGGAGUUAUGGAAGAGUUCUGAAAACGCGGAUAACAAAAUAUCAACGGUAUAUUCUCCAGAAUCGCAUAUCUUAAUAAUAGAGCCUUUGUACGGUGGGUCACACAAACAGUUCAUUGAUACAUUACUUGAAGGUCUCAAAAAUUGUAAAAUAUCACUGUACGUUUUACCUGAUAAGAAGUGGCAUUGGCGUGCUCGUACUAGUGCAUUAUAUUUUUAUGAUGCUGUGCCAAGGGAUGUUCAGUUUGAUGUCAUUUUCGCAAGCAGUGUUCUAAAUUUAGCUGAGUUUAUUGCAUUGAGGCCAGAUUUAACUCGUUGCCGAAAAAUAUUAUAUUUUCACGAAAAUCAGCUUGUAUAUCCCAUUCAACAUGUCAAAGAAAGAGACUUCCAAUAUGGAUACAAUCAAAUCUUAUCAUGUAUCUGGAUUACUAGUCUUGUUGCUGAUAAAGUGGUGUUCAAUUCAAAUUAUAAUAUGAUGUCAUUUUUAAACACCAUAAACAAGUUUUUUAAAUUACAACCAGAUUUUAGGCCAAAAAACUUAAAAGAGAGAUUAUUACAUAAAUGUGAUGUCUUAUAUGUGCCAGUAAAGUUUCCUGUUGAGUUAGCUAUUAAAAAUGAAGACAUUUUACAUAUAGUGUGGCCUCACAGAUGGGAACAUGAUAAAGAUCCUGAAAAAUUGUUUCAAGUUGCAUCAGCUUUAAAACGUUUAGAAUGCACAUUUGUACUCUCAGUUGUGGGAAAAGCAGGAGAUAAUGAAAGCAUUUUCAAAGAAGCUGCAAAAGAAUUAUCUGGCUAUAUUAGAACUUGGGGUUAUCUUCCAUCCAAAGAAGAUUUUUUUACUUUAUUACAGGAAUGUCACGUUGCUAUCUCAACUGCAAAACAUGAAUUCUUUGGAAUAUCCAUGUUGGAAGCAGUAAGCUGUGGGUGCUUUCCGUUGUGUCCCAAUUCACUUGUGUACCCAGAGAUAUUUCCAGAGGAGUGUCUUUAUAAAAAUGAAGGAGAAUUGCUCAAAAAGUUAAAAAUGUUUUGUCAUAAGCCUCAUAAGGCUGUGGAAAUGAGGUGUAAAAUGAAUAUUGAUUUAAAUAAAUUCAGUGCUAUAAAAUUGAUCCCUAAAUAUAAAGAACUCUUAGUUGGCCAAUGAGAAUCUAGAAUUAUCAGAGAAUUGUUGCCAUUUGUUUUGUUUUUGUUGUUUUGCCAAUUGUUAGUGUUAUUGUGUUGUUAAAAAUUGUAUAGUUGUAAAUUUUUUGUAUAGUUGUAAAUUUUCUUUUUUGUAUAUUUAAUGUGUAAAUUGCAAAAAAAUAAUAUAUUUUUUUCAAUAUGUAAAAUACAGGAAUGAAUAAUACAGUAAUUGUACAAAUGCAAAUGACUUCCAAGUUUUGGGAAGAUUUAAUUUAUAAUGUACAUAAUUUUACAAGUACAAAUAGAGAUAAAAUUUGCAGUGUGUAUAAAGAUAUGAUUAUUUUGCCGGUAACAUCCUUUUUGCCAAUCAUUUUGGUUAUGAAUUUGAUUGAUUUCCAUCACGUAUUUAUUUUGGGAAUUUUUUUGUAGCAUGUAUAUGUUUUGUAAGAUGUUAAUAGGUGUUACUCUAAUUUUCUGUUUGUUUAUAUUUAUUUGUGAAUGUUUUCAAGUUUGGAAAUGAGCUAGUGCCAUCAUUAAUAUAAAUAGAGAAAACAUUAACCAUGAAUUAAAUGUGAAUCCUGCUACUAGACUCAUCAAAUGCUAUGAACUUAAAACAAAAAUAAUUUAAACAAAAUUAGAUAUCACAGUUGGAAGAGUUGUUGCCCAUGACGUUGAGAACAACGAACGAAGGUUGGGAAUCUAAAUUUUGCAAUAGGAGUUGUGACUUUCAUCUUGAGAUGGCGAUGUGGAAGGUAAUAAUUAGGGGGCGGAUUUCAAUGACCUAAAACGUUGCUAAAAAUGAUCUAUAAAUUGUUCUUAAAAUGCCUCCAAAACAAAGAAAAAUGACAUACGUAAGCUUCCGCGGCUCGAAUCCAUAAAUUCUCGGCUAUCCGGG